UACUCUGCAAAAACCAGGGUGUUAAAUAUUCAACACCAGCAUGGAAUAGAAAAAUAUCAACACCCUUGGUGUUCAUUUCAUGUCCGAUUGGCGAAAAAUAACACCAACGGUGUGAAAAUAUUCAAUUACAGGCUGAUGGUGUCAUAUUUGGUGUUAUAAAAUCGCACAUGCGCAUAAGCUAGAGAAUUCGACGAAAAUCAUUGGACGAAAGUUGUCAUAUGAUCCGAUAUGCGCCUCUGCAGCUGCGCGCGCACAGCUAGACGAGAGCAUGUGGCUAGAGAAUUUCACUGGCACUGACUUGAAGUCUUGAUUCUGGAGUAGUAAUUCUUCAAAUUAGGCCUAGAUUCUAGAUGUGAAGUGAUCGAAGUGCAUGCAACCAUGCCAUUAAGCGUCAGGGUCUGUUCAGCGGAUCGAAGUAUUAGAAAAUACCUGCCUAUAGAUCCAGAAGACACAGUAGGAUUCUUUGAACUCAUCAGAAGAAAAUUCCACAUAAGGGAUGGGGAAGAUCUCGUACUUGUGGAUGAACAAGAAGGGUUUGGUAUAGACGAUGACGUACUAGGAGAUGUGGUGACCAGCAAUCCCACAGUCAGCCUCAUGGUGCUAAAAGAAGAUGAAGAAUGGUCUGGUUCAGAUGUACAUAGCAUCACAAGUGCAGACACUAUCAAGGUGGAUACCAGCUCCUCUUCCCUGAGUAGCUCAGAAUCUGAUUCAAGUUUUUGCUCCAGUAGAAAGAGGCCACGAUUAAAUGCCCUCAGUGAAUCAGGUGCAAUCACUGACAACUCUUGUGAGUUUGUACAAGAAAUUUUGCGGCACAGAGGUGAUGCCAUUCUCCGAGAGUAUGAAUUGACUGGAGCACUUCAAGAUAAAACUAGACGGCAGAUGAUUAACCUUUUGGUAGCCCACAUGCAAGAACACUAUGGCAAACAUCCAAAAGCAGCUAUGAAAACCAAAUAUGCCAUGGGGAUAGUGAAUCUGUUUCCAAGACUCAAGGAUCCGUUUACUAGCACAGGUCAUGAAGCUUAUUUUGAUGCAAGAAGUAACACGGGAUUCCUGGCUGCUAGAAUAAAAAAUGUUAACCGCACAACAGAGGAGAAGACAUCCAACCCAUUACCCAAGCCAUCAAGCAGAGAUGGUGGUCCUGGGAAGGUCCGAGAAGGUGACCAAGAAUCUGCUCCAGGCUGCACCUAUGAUGAAGACCUCAACUGGUUACGACACUGUCCAACAUUAGAACGUGAUUCUACCCUGGUUGUUGAAAAGAUGAAAUCCACUUUUCCUGUUAGACAGCAUAUGGUCAGGGACGGACGCUCCGCAUCGGAUAUUUUGGAACAGUUUCCUUUUGAAACUGUUCCAGGUUUGAUUGAGGUAGAUUUUCGGAAACUUUUUCCUGAAAAUCACUCGCGUUUCCUGACCAAAUGGCCCGAGUUGAAGCCCAAGGUUGUUACACUUGCAAGACAACUUCUGAAGCAGAAAGGAAACUUGACAGUGAUGGAGCUUCUGUCAUCUUAUGACAGUUCUGAUCAAAAUAAAGAAGGAUGGAAUUCCAGCACAUCUGCUAUCCUCCUCCUCUUGUGCCUAUUGCCUCCUGCAAGCCAAGGGAAGUCCAAAGCUGCGUCAGCAAAAGUGUCCAUUUCUUCAGCUCUCUCGAGGGUUAUUCAAUUUCAGAAGACAGGAGGGAGUAUUCAAGCAUUCCUCGACAACACAAAAGAGACCAAGAGUCAACCGUUCCUUCUGGCAAUUGGCAAUUCCAAGGCCCGAAUCACCAACUACAUGAUCAUUGUGGAUCACAAGGCCAUUCCAUGUUCGGCACGCACGGUCGAAGCAGCAGUAGAUUUACUCUUCAAGACCCACUUUGUCUUUGGCCUGCAGUACUGCUUGUCUCUGCGGCAGUUCUGGACUUUUGUCCAGACUGCCAUUUUUGAAAUCGAUAUCGGAGUGUCCCGGGAAACACCAAGAGUACGUGAAAUUAGAUCGAAAUUGUUAGCACCAUGAUUUGCUUCAAAUGCCACAAACAGUUUGCAAUACCCAAAUUGGUUCAACAUUUGAGAUUGAAACAUGGAGUUAUUGAAGAUGGUAAAGAAGUAUUGACCUGUGGGCAGGGAGCUUGUGCGAGAACAUUUCAUACUUUUCGAGGAUUUCGGGGACAUUUGCAGACUCACCUUAAAACCGAUUUUCCAGAUAAUAAAGAGCAGUCUAAUGAAAAUGAUAAAGUGAGUGACUUUCCUGAAGAAAGUCUUGAAAGUCUUCAAGAAUACAAUAUUAAUAAUGAUGAGAUUGUUGAAGAUCAGGAUGUAUAUGAAGAUGACAUUUUAUCUGUAGAUACCUUGAACAGGCAGUGUGUAAAUGUAAUUUCAAAAUUUUCAGCAAAUAGUGCAAACUCUGGAAAAGUUGUAAAUGAUGUAGUAGAAACAACCAGUGCGAUUGUAGGUGAUGUAGUAAAAAGUGCAUCGGCAGCCGUUACAGCUGCUUUCUUAAAACAUAAGCUGCCUAUAGAAUCCGAGGCUUAUAAGGAGAUUCAAACACAUUUUGCUAUGCUUGAAAAGCCCUUUGAAAAUUUGAAUUCAGAAUAUAAGCGGACAAAGUAUUGUGAAUCAAUUGGACUUGUUGAACCACAAGAAAUCAAGUUAGGCAUCCGAUAUGAUAGUCGUCUCAAUAAAAGAACUAAGCAGUAUGAACAGAUUGCUAUUGAAGAUACAUUUGUUUACGUUCCCAUUUUAGAUUCUUUGAAGCAGCUUUUAAGCAAUAAAGAUAUAUUGCAUUUUGCUACUCAUGACCAUAAGAGCACAGAUGGUGUAAUGAGAGAUUAUUGUGAUGGUUCACAAUUUGAGAAAACCCCUCUUUUCCAUGAAGAUGAGAAUGCCCUCCAAAUUCACUGUUUUUAUGAUGAUUUCGAGACUGUGAACCCCAUUGGUUCAAAAACAAAAAUUCACAAGAUAGGUGCUUUAUA